AGGGAGUGAGUGCGUCUCUCGCCGGCCGCGGAGCGUCCGUCCGCAGCAGUCAGGCUGCAGACCCGGAGCAGGACCGGCUUGUUUGGGAUUUAUUGUCGGGAGAGAGUGACCACCUGGAUUACCAUUUUAUUUACUGUUGUUUUUGUGUAAUAAGAUUUAUUUGGGAGGAGACUCACGCUGCCAUCAUGUCUCGGACUCCGGGUGAUGUGAGCAAGCUCACAGAAAGUACCUACAAGAAUGUGAUGGAACAGUUCAACCCCGGCCUGAGGAACCUGGUCAUCCUCGGCAAGAACUAUGAGAAAUCCGUCACAGCCAUGAUUCUCUCCGGGAAGGCCUACUUUGAUGCGGUGUCGAAGAUCGGGGAGAACGCCAUUGUGUCUCCGGUCUCCAGAGAGCUGGGCGUGGUCCUCAUGGAGAUCGCAGAGGCCCACAGGAAGGUCUACUACGAGCUGGAGGAGAACUUCAAGAGAUUCCAGAGAGAGAUCAUCACAGAGCUGGAGAAGAAGACAGAGAUGGAUGUGAAGUACAUGAACGCCACCUUUAAGCGCUACCAGUCGGAGCACAAGAUGAAGCAGGACUCUCUGGACCGCUCUCAGCUGGACCUGAAGAAGCUGCGCAGGAAAAGCCAGGGGAAGAACUCGUCCAAGUACGAGAUCCGGGAGAACGAGUACUUGGAGACGAUCUCGUGCCGCCAGAUGGACAUGCAGAAGUUCAUCGCCGACGGCUGCAAAGAGGCGCUGCUGGAAGAGAAGAGGCGCUUCUGCUUCCUGGCAGACAAACACUGCAUGUUCUCCUACCAAACCAGCAACUUCCACGAGAAGGCCAAGGAGGUGCUGUCCCUGAGGCUGCCCGGCUGGCAGGAGAAGUGCAGCGACGUCAGCCAGGUGCCGGACACGGUGGCCACCAUGAUCGAGAAGCUGUCCACCCCGGAGCAGUCCCCACAGGUCCAGCACUACAACAGAAACAACGUGGGCUCUGUGGUUCCUCCGCCAGCCCCACCGCUGAAGGCCCAGACCAGUCCGCUGGCCAAUAUGUUCAACCCGGAGAUCAGGUCUCCACUCAGCUCCUCCUUAGACCGCAACUCAGACCAGGGCAGCCUCGGAGAGUGCAGCUUGUCCAGGUCCACGUCUCAGUCGUCUGGACUCAACAUGAGCAGGAGGUCGAGGGUCAGGACCAUCUUCCCCCACACGGCGGGCAACAACAGCACGCUGCUGAGCUUCGACCAUGGCGACAUUAUCACCCUGCUGCUCCAGGAGGAGAAGGACGGCUGGCUGUACGGAGAGCUGGAGCGGACACAGCAGCGAGGCUGGUUUCCCUCCUCCUACUGCAGACCCUGCUCCGACGCCACAUCAAACAGUAACCUGAGCACCCCGGUGCGCAGCCUGAGCGCGGUCAGUCUGCCGGAGCAGCAGGAGCUGGAGCAGGAGGACGAGGACGGGCCGGUGCUGCUGCCGCCGCCGGACUACAGCGACCACUCCCCGUCCGGCCCCGCCGUCCACUGCGCGCCCUCGCCCUCGCCGUCGCCCUCGCCGCAGAACACGGUUGCUUUAGUCAAUGGGACUGCAAAGGCUCCUUUCCUGGGAGGAGGGAAUCCCUUCGCCACGGUGAAGCUGAGGCCGACCGUCACCAAUGACAGAUCGGCGCCGCUCAUCUAACACACAGCGUCAGGAGUUCCGUUUUUAUUAUUUCCUUCUUAUCACCGCUGUUAUGCCUUCUGGGGAGUCAGACAACACGGGAUCCCCCUUCGACACACUGAAUACCCCCGCCCCCCACACCGCCCGGACAUCGCUCCGGCCUGCGUGCUCGUCUCGUCCCUCUCAGUAGCGGUCCGCUCUGUGGAAAACACCCACAGCGCCGAAUGGAAAUCCUGGAUUGGGUUUUUCAUUUUAAAGAGUUCAGUCCAAAAUGAAUGAUUGGCAUUAAUCUCUCUGUACUCUGUCAAGCAACCAUAAAAACUGAAGAUGAAGUUCAUAAAACUUUUUUUAAACUAAGAAUGGCAGUGAGAGAUUUUAGUUUUUCCAGACGCUGUGUUGUUUAUAUUGCGCUUUUAAAGAAAAAGAGGUUGAUUUGCCUGCAGAUCAUCGUAACGUGUGUCCCGCUCACUUCUCUCUGCAGUUGAAGAUUUAAGUCCUCGUUUUCAUUUUGGGGUGAACUGUCCCUUUAAAAUCUAAUAUCAGCACAGCUGGGAUGAAAAAGUGUUUUAAUUCCAGUUCGUGCCAAUUGAAGAGCUGUGGAUGUAAACUGACCGUGACCUGACACUGAAGAAACAGACCAGCGCCCGGGUUGUCUUCCUGACUUGCCAAAAUAUAUGAAUAUAUUGUUAUUUCUAUUUUUAUUCUUAAUUAUUGUUGUCUUUUAGGAGGCGUUGUGAGAAUGAAGGGAGAGUGAUGUGUUGGGAAAAGGGUUUGUCCUUCAAAGUGAGGCAGAUAUCAGCAUGUCACAGUUUUAACAGAGAAGGCUAUUUAUAUAAAGAAAGUUUGUAUGAGAUAUUUAAAUAAUUACUGAUACAGAAGACUGUGCUGCGUUGGUUGUUCCUUUGAAAACAGAGUCCAUUGUGCUCGGGCCGAGCCGUGGACCCCACCCUGAUUUAGAUCUCACCGCUUUACUUUAAAUGGGUGGAAGACAUUUUGAAUUCAGGGGAUUACUUCACUAAAUAAACUCCACUUGACUCAGCAUUGUUGUAUGUAGAUCCUGUGCACAGUGAGCAACGUCACGACAUUCACUGGUAGACAUUUGAAUUGUAGCUAAAUGAAGCAGCCUGUCGUGUGAGAUCUACAAAGUAUUUACCUUUUUGUGUGGAGGACUAUUUUGCCAUGUAUCUGCUUUACUGAAUGAGACGGUUUAUUGAUCCCCACAGGCCCUGUGAUGUAAGUGAAGCCAUCGUGCUGAAAUAGCUUUCACCACAUGCUUUCCUCAGAGUACCUUGACUCUGUGUUGACCAAUGUACUCUUUUUUUUUUCUCAAUAAAACAUGAUGAAGUCCA